CCUUGGUACAUAUUGUUCUUGGCACGCGCGAUAUCGCAGUUUUAUUUGAUUUUAUACAAAAUCCACUAGAACCUGUGUAAUAUAGUGGAGGCUCCAAUGAUGAGUACCUGCAGUCUUUGUAAUCUUUAAAUUUGAAGAUACGAAGUACUAAAUACCUAAAAAGAACAGGCUGUGUACUUGGGGAAAGCAAAUACUUCUACAUAUUUAAUAAUUAAGCAAAUUCAGGACUAGAUAAAAAUGAAAUACUGCAGCCUACUUUUGAUAUUUAUCAUAACCUGCGGUCUUCUAGAAUGCAUGGUUGCAGAGCUAAUAACUAUGUCCUUGAUGGGUGCAGCUUUUAUAACAGGUGGCUGGUACAAGUGGCAAACGAUAAAAGAGAACUCAUAUUGUCGGUUCAUGGAAUGCUGCAAUGCAAAUUAUGUCCCUUAUGACAUUGAGAAAUUAAAGACAUCACUCGCCAAGUAUAUGUUUGGACAACCCUUAGUGAAUGAGCUAGGCAGUAUCAUAAGUGCACACAAAGAAGCAGUGCUAAAUAACAGCAACCGGAAAGCACUAGUGAUCAGUCUGCACGGUUGGUCUGGGGUUGGCAAGAACUAUGCAUCCAAUAUGAUCGCUGAGGCCCUCUACAAGAAGGGAACUAAAAGCCAGUAUGUCAAGUUGUUCAUGGGAGACAAAGACUUCAACUGUGAGGAUUUGGACAAGAAGAAGAAGGAAGUAAUGUCCGAAGUAUUCAGGGUUGUGAAGAGCUGUCCAACAUCUCUAAUAAUAUUUGAUGAAAUACAUGACAUGUGUCCGAGCAUUCUGGACACUGUGAAGCCAUUCCUGGAUCACCACCAGUCCGUGGAUGGGGUAGAUUUUAGGAACAGCAUAUUCAUCUUCAUCUCCAAUAUAGGAGGAGGUCAGAUAGCCUCAACUCUGCUGGACUUGUAUGGACAAGGAGUGAAAAGGAACGAUGUGGAAUUCCACAUGUUCGAACCUAUUAUUCGCAAAACGGCAUAUUUUACAGGUGGCUUCAAGCAGUCGUCGACAAUCGCGAACCACCUGAUAGACCACUACAUCCCGUUCCUGCCCCUGGAGCAGCAGCACGUGGAACAGUGCGCGCUGGCCGAGCUGCGCGCGCACGGCGUCGCCGAGCCCACCGAGCACAUGAUGGCAGAUGCGAUGUCUGUGAUAACGUACGGCCCGAGCGAGGCGCAGCCAAUUUUCGCUAAUAACGGCUGCAAAAGAUUCACGAAGCACAUUCCCUACGUAGUACAGAAGCACAAACCGAAAAAGGAGAACAGUGAACUAUAAAUAGGUCUAUUGUUAUAAGUUUCAAUUGUGAUAAUUUAACAAAUCGUGUUUACUUUUUAAAAGCGAGGUUCACACUGACCUAGCAUUUGGGCAUGAAGCAUUUUACCUACCCGCGGUCGAACAAACACGGCACGCGAACUGCUUGAAAUGGAGCUUCUGACAGCUGCCUGUCCUUUGACCGCCAAACAUGCCAUUAUUAAUCUUUGUGCAUUUCAUUAAGAUUUACAAAGACAUGUUAUAACUUAUAAUAAAAUAGUCGUGAAGGUUAAGGUUCAAGGAACCUUGUUGGUAUUCAGUCAUUUUUGCACUGAGUCAGUCUAGAGUCUAGACAGAUAAGCAUUGGCGGCUACUCGACAAGUCUGGACCCGGCUAAAUGGAGUCACGUUGAGCGAGUAUAUAAUACAAGAAAUUCCUAUACAAGUUACAUUUUGUGACCAAUGAAACCAAUGAUUUUGUGAGUUUGAAACAAUGGCAGUAGGAAGUUCUCAAAAAGUUCAUCACGGUUUUUCUCUAUAUUUUGAGUUAGAUUACGUUUAUGUCAUAAGAUCUAAUCUAUGGAUACAAAACACGACUUACGUAUGAGUAUUAAAUACUCUUAUUUUAAAUAGAACUAUGUUCUGCUUCGUACCUUAAUUAUAAAAUGUUUAGCAACUAAUAUAAGUGACCUAAUUUAUUAUAAAAAUGAAGAGAUCUAUAAGUAUUUUUUCAUACUUAACGGGUGUCCUAACUUGUUAAAAAUAUACUUGUAAUGUGUGGCCUUAAAGUAAAAAAUAGCGCAGGCGUCACAAAAGUAAACUAAACAAUGUUUAAACCUAUAAUCAAACACUUAUUAACUUUUACAAUUUGGAAUAAGUACUACGAACAAAAUGUACAGUCGAGCUGUUCUGUAAGUAUUUUAUACAACCAAGCUAGGAAUCUCUCUGGAAAGUUACCUCCUUAUUUGUGCCAAGUUAAUUUUGUGUCAUUUGGGUGCUUAUGGAUCUCAGGCUCAGCUAUUGCACUGGGUAUGACGUCAUUCUUAAUUUAUUUAAUUUUUAUCCGGUUGCCCAGUGAUACCUAUUAAUCGAAAUAAAUUAAGUUUUUUUUUAUACUGUAUGUUUGUUUUUCGUCCAUCAACGUUAAAAAAAUAAAUGUUACUAGUA